GCGGCCGCCGCCGCCGCCGCCGCUGCUUACCGGCCAUGGAGCACCGCAUCGUGGGCCCCGGCCCGUACCGGGCCACCAAGCUGUGGAAUGAAACAGUUGAGCUUUUUCGUGCUAGGAUGCCUUUACGGAAACAUCGCUGUCGUUUCAAAAGUUAUGAACGUUGCUUCACGGCGGCCGAAGCUGUGGAUUGGCUGCAUGAGCUCUUGAGGUGCAGUCAGAACUUUGGCCCUGAAGUGACCCGCAAACAAACGGUUCAGCUGCUGAAAAAAUUCCUCAAGAAUCAUGUUAUUGAAGACAUCAAGGGAAAAUGGGGUCAGGAAGAUUUUGAAGACAAUCGUCACUUGUACAGAUUUCCUCCUUCCUCACCCCUGAAACCAUAUCCAAAGAAGCCUACAUACCAAAAGGAUGUUAUUAAAUUUCCGGAAUGUAAUGACCCCCCACCAAGCACUUCACAAGAAAACAUCCCAGUGAGGCCAGUUGUGAUGAACUCUGAGAUGUGGUACAAGCGGCACAGUAUUGCCAUUGGCGAGGUGCCGGCUUGCCGUCUCGUCUACCGCAGACAGCUGACAGAGGCCAACGUAGAAGAGAUAUGGAAGUCUAUGACGUUAGCAUAUUUACAGAAAGUCCUUGGCCUGGAUUCUUUGGAAGAGGUCUUAGACAUUAAACUGGUCAACUCCAAGUUCAUCAUCCAUAAUGUGUAUAGUGUGAGCAAGCAGGGAGUUGUCAUCCUUGAUGACAAGUCGAAAGAGCUUCCUCAUUGGGUACUGUCAGCUAUGAAGUGUUUGGCAAAUUGGCCUAAUUGUUCAGAUUUGAAGCAGCCUAUGUAUUUAGGAUUUGAAAAAGAUGUCUUUAAAACCAUAGCAGAUUACUAUGGUCAUUUGAAAGAGCCUCUACUUACAUUUCAUCUUUUUGAUGCCUUUGUCAGUGUAUUAGGUUUGUUACAGAAAGAGAAAAUGGCUAUUGAAGCAUUUCAGAUUUGCUGCCUCCUCCUGCCCCCUGAAAAUAGGAGAAAGUUACAGCUCUUGAUGAGGAUGAUGGCAAGGAUAUGCCUAAAUAAGGAGAUGCCACCACUGUGUGAUGGCUUUGGGACCCGAACACUGAUGGUUCAGACCUUUUCCCGUUGCAUCUUGUGUUCCAAGGAUGAAGUAGAUUUGGAUGAGUUAUUAGCUGCUAGGUUGGUGACAUUUCUGAUGGACAAUUACCAAGAGAUUCUGAAAGUCCCUUUGGCCUUGCAGACCUCCAUAGAGGAGCGUGUGGCUCAUCUACGAAGAGUCCAGAUAAAAUACCCAGGAGCUGAUAUGGAUAUCACUUUAUCUGCCCCAUCAUUUUGCCGUCAAAUCAGUCCAGAGGAAUUUGAAUACCAGAGAGCAUAUGGCUCUCAGGAACCUCUGGCAGCUUUGCUGGAGGAAGUCAUAACAGAUGCCACACUUUCCAGCAAAGAGAAGAAGAAAAAACUGAAGCAGUUUCAAAAAUCCUAUCCUGAAGUCUACCAAGAACGAUUUCCUACACCAGAAAGUGAAGCACUUCUGUUUCCAGAGAAACCGAAACCCAAACCACAGCUGCUAAUGUGGGCACUAAAAAACCCUUUCCAACCAUUUCAAAGAACUAGAAGUUUUCGGAUGUAGUACUCCCAUAGCUGUUAGAGAUCUCUGUUGUUGCCUUGAGCAAAUGGGUGGUUAGAGGACUAUGGCGGUGGAAAAGAAGAGCAGACAGUAGAGACUACUGAAAUAUAAAGUGAACGGACUCCUAAAAAUGUUGAGCCAUUAUCAGUAUUUUUGUAAAGCUCAGUGCUAUUUUUAAAAGUGUAAAAAUCAGUGAAAAUUUAGACAAAUAUAUAGUGUUAAUGUUAACGUGUUUAUAAUUAUUACAAAAUUUAAGGGUAUUUUUAUUUUUUUAUUUGUUGUUUUUCAUGGUGUUAAUAAAAUAAUUGUGUGUAUGUUUUAGUUACUGAUGUCUUUGUUAUAACACGUCUUAAAAAUAGUGUAUAUACUUGAAUAAGACACUGGGUACUGUUACUGUGAUGUUAUUGAUGUCAUAGCUUAAUAGUUAUGAUUUCUCUUGUGUAAAAUCUGGUUUUCAAUGUUGCACAAAAAUUCUUAAUGUCCUGUAUUAUGAUGGCUGUGUCUUUUAUUGCGGAUUUGUUGGAUGUUAUGACAGAUAUAACUAAAGCUGGUUCUUUAAUAACAUGUAUAUUAGCUGGUGUUUACCUCUAAGUGGAGUAGAUUUUCAUUUUCCUGCAGUGGUGUAAUUUCAGUCUUGGCUGAAAACGGAGAAUUGAACUGAAUAAACUUUUUUGGUCCCCUUACACCUGUAAUUGUAUUUCAGAUCUUUGUUAUUUCAUGAAAAACACAAAUGGGUUAAGUAAAAUGAGACUACUUCCUUUAUAUUUCCCCCAGCUUCCUCAUCCUUUUGAAAGUAAAUGGAAUGUAAAUAAA